GGCGCCGGGCAGCUGCCUUUCUCAGGCGUGGCCUUUGAUGGGGAAAUGCGGCCGGAGCCUCCCGCGCCGGUGGACCUGCUGAGCGGCGGCCGGGGUUGUGGGGGGAGAGGCUGUUUCAGCGGAGGCUGGCGGGUGUGCGGGUCGGCGCCCGGGAAGGAUGAAUAACCCUAUACCUUCCAAUCUGAAGUCAGAAGCAAAAAAGGCAGCUAAGAUUUUAAGAGAAUUUACAGAAAUAACUUCUAGAAAUGGUCCCGACAAGAUCAUACCUGUCCAUGUAAUUGCCAAAGCAAAAGGCCUUGCAGUUUUAUCUGUUAUCAAAGCUGGAUUUUUGGUAACUGCACGAGGAGGCAGUGGGAUUGUCGUAGCUCGCCUGCCUAAUGGAAGCUGGUCGGCGCCAUCUGCAAUAGGGAUAGCUGGCCUCGGUGGUGGAUUCGAAAUUGGAAUUGAGGUGUCAGACCUUGUAAUAAUACUGAACCAUGAAAGAGCAGUUGAAGCCUUUGCAAAGGGCGGCAAUCUUACCCUGGGAGGAAACUUUACAGUGGCAAUUGGGCCUCUGGGGAGAAAUCUAGAAGGUGAUGUUGCCUUGAGAAGCUCCGCAGCUGUUUUCACCUACUGCAAAUCUCGGGGGCUCUUCGCAGGUGUCUCUUUAGAGGGGAGCUACUUAAUUGAAAGAAAGGAAACAAACAGCAAGUUCUACGGUCGGGAUAUUCGAGCUACUGCCAUUCUGUUUGGUGAUCAGCCUCCUCCUGCUCAGGCACAAGACCUUUAUGAUAUCCUCGAGUCUUUUACUAUGCAAUAUGAAAGUCAGGAGGGGAGAACCUACACAUCCACAGCGGUAACAAGGGAACCAAAAAAGGCAAAUGACCAUCGCUCAAGGCAGCAGCCACACAGGGCUUCUGAAAAUUUUUCAAGAGAAGAUAUAAGAACAACAAAUAGACUUUACCCCGAGCUUCCCAGUUACUCUACUGCAGUGGGAAACACCAAGACCAGUCCCACUAUAGUGACAGCAUUGUAUCCCUUUGAAGGGCAGCAGCCGGGUGACUUGACCUUCAACGCUGGAGAUAAAAUCCAGGUCACAAUGAAAACAGAUUCACAGUUUGACUGGUGGGAAGGACAUUUAGGAGGCAAGACCGGCAUUUUCCCUGCAAAUUAUGUUACUACGAACUAAAACUCAUUAAAUGGCCUUACUGCUCAUCUAAAUGCUUUUUUCUUAAAUAAGUAAGAAAUAAAUUGUUUGGCUUGAUCAGGUUGGGUGAAGGCCGAUGGUGGAAAGUCCCCUGGACUGAAACCGAUUUUUUUUCCUUUUUUUCCGGUCCUCACUCAGCAAAAUCAUAAGGGUACAACACAUGCCACUUGUGCAGGUGCUGCAGAGAAUGGGAGAUCCACCGUGUGCCUUCCGUGUUGCUCUUCCAACCCUUCUUUUGUAAUUCAUUCAGGGACUGGAUAAGAUAGAGGUGAGAGAGAUAUUGACUCCCCAGUUCUGUGCCAUGCUCUGCAAAGCUGCUCACGUUAUUU